AUGGAUCAAUUUAAGACAGCCAAACUUAACAUCAACCUACUUACAGGCGCUUUGUCCAUUCUUUUGGCAUCUUACGCAUGCUACCUGCUUUUCCUCGUCGUGUACAACGCCUUCUUUCACCCACUUGCCCGUUUCCCCGGUCCGUUCUGGUGGGGCGCAACACCUAUUCCAUACGUGUGGUACCAACUUACUGGCCGCCUGCCAUUCGUGUUCGCAGACCUACACGACAAAUAUGGCAACGUGGUCCGGGUGCUCCCCUAUAUGCUCUCCUUCCGCGAUGCCGAUGCUUGGAGAGACAUUUACCAGAUCCGGCCCAAGCAGAAGCUUCUCACCAAAGACCCAUAUGCGAUGUCUCCUGGAAGCGAGGGCGCAUACAAUAUCAUCACAAGCUUUGAGCCGGCCGAGCAUGCAAGGUUUCGCCGACGUUUGAAUCCAGCCUUUUCAACGAGGGCUCUUCAGGAGCAAGAACCCCUCAUCAUGGCACACGUCGGUGAGCUAAUUGAGAAGCUUCGCAAUAAUGAGGGGCCCCAGGACAUGGUGAAAUGGCCUGCCAUGCUAUACUUUGACAUCACUGCGGACCUGAUCUUCGGCCGGCAGCUUGGCAGUGUGCAAAACGGCCGCCCGCAUCCGUGGCUCGACGGCUUGUUCGGAAGCACGAUGCGCCUCAUCACGUAUUUCAACGCAGCACGACAGUUUCCGCAUCUCACGUCCUGCAUAAAGCCUUUCUUUCCAAAGGCUUUGACAGAUCAGCAAGUCAAGCAUGCUAGCUUCACACGGGAGAGCGUCGGUGCGAGGUUGCAGGUGCAGGAAGACAAGCCUCCUACCGGUCGCGACUUCAUGAGCUACAUACUCCCAUAUGACGAAGCUACAACGCAGAUGAGUAUGGCCGAGGUGCGUGCAACUUACGGCACACUCAUGAUUGCCGGAAGCGAGAACGUAUCCACCACGGCGUCCUUUACUAUAUAUCACUUGCUCAAGAAUCCCACCGCUCUUCGCAAGGCCACCGAGGAGGUGCGAAGCGCUUGCCAGGAUGACAAGGACAUCACCUUUGUCUCAGUUGGUGCGAUGAAGUACCUGACCGGCGUUGUCAACGAGUCCAUGCGUCUUCACCCUGCUGCCCCAACAACGCAGUCAAGAGUCGUACCUGAAGGGGGCAUUGUUAUUUCGGGAAUCAUGAUACCUGAGGGAACUAGGGUAGGAGUGCCACCCUAUGCCGUAAACCACCAUCCCGACUUUUUCCAAGACCCCGAGGCCUUUCUUCCCGAACGAUGGACAGGUGACCCGAACUUCGCAUCUGACCAACGUCGGGCGUUUCACCCAUUCCAGCUUGGCCCAAGAGCCUGUGCUGGGAAAAGGUAUCGCUCCUAG